AACAAGUCGUCAUUUGCGGGCUAGUUGGACGUUCCCUGGUAGUCUAACUGCCAGGAAGUUCAGGAACUCGGUCACCGCCCAAUCCCCCCUCCGUCUCGGCUAUUGUUGGGAAACAAGUCAACGACAGCGAAACCAGCUCUAUCGAAACUUUCAAGACUUCCAGACAUGACAAGCAUCAACACCGCAAAUAUCAAUUUCAAAUGGGACCCGAAGAGUCUGGAGAUCAGGACUCUGGCAGUGGAGCGGCUGCUCGAGCCCCUGGUUACACAGGUCACCACUCUGGUAAACUCGAGUAACAAAGGCCCCUCGAACAAGAAGAAGGGACGCUCUAAGAAGGCACAUGUCCUGGCAGCUUCAGUGGAGACCGCCACCCAGAACUUCCUGGAAAAAGGAGAGAAAAUUGCAAAAGAGAGUCAGUUCCUUAAGGAUGAGCUGACUGCUGCAGUUGAAGAUGUCCGCAAGCAAGGUGAUUCAAUGAGGCAGGCUUCCGGAGAAUUUGCUGAAGACCCUUGCUCCUCUGUAAAGAGGGGCAAUAUGGUUCGUGCUGCCAGAGCCCUCUUGUCGGCAGUCACACAUCUGUUGGUUCUGGCAGACAUGUCCGACGUCUACAAACUUCUGCUGCAGCUUAAACUGGUGGAGGACAGCCUUGUGAAAGUGCGUAAUGCAGGAACGGAACAGGAGCUAGGGAUCCAGUAUAAGGCCUUGAAGCCGGAGGUCGACAAGCUGAACAUCAUGGCAGCCAAAAGACAACAGGAGUUAAAGGAUUCCCAACACAAGGACCAAAUGGCUGCCGCCCGUGGUGUUCUCCAGAAGAACAUUCCCAUGCUGUACACAGCAUCCCAUGCCUGCCUGCAGCAUCCUGACGUUGCCGCCUACAAGGCUAACCGUGACCUGAUCUACAAGCAGCUGCAGCAUGCCGUUUCUGGCAUCUCCAAUGCCGCUCAGGCCACUGCCACAGAAGACUCGGCACUCAAUCAACCGGCAGGCGGAGGAGAGCUGGCAUAUGCCCUCAACAAUUUUGACAAACAAAUCAUUGUGGACCCUCUGGCAUUUAGUGAGGAGCGCUUUCGUCCAUCCCUGGAGGAACGUCUUGAGAGCAUCAUCAGUGGCGCUGCUCUCAUGGCCGACUCGUCUUGCACUCGUGAUGACCGCAGGGAGCGAAUUGUGGCUGAAUGCAAUUCAGUGCGCCAGGCUCUUCAGGAUCUGCUGUCUGAGUAUAUGGGCAAUGCUGGCAGAAAGGACAGGAGUGAUACUCUGAACACAGCCAUUGACAGGAUGACAAAGAAAACCAGAGAUCUCCGCAGACAGCUACGCAAAGCUGUGAUGGACCAUGUGUCUGACUCAUUUUUGGAAACCAAUGUGCCCCUCCUGGUUCUGAUUGAAGCUGCAAAGAAUGGCAACGAGAAAGAAGUGAAGGAGUAUGCGCAAGUGUUCCGUGAGCAUGCCAACAAGCUAAUUGAGGUGGCCAACUUGGCAUGUUCCAUCUCCAACAAUGAGGAGGGAGUAAAACUGGUCCGGAUGGCAGCAUCUCAACUGGAAACUCUUUGCCCUCAGGUGAUCAAUGCAGCUUUGGCCCUAGCUGCAAAGCCCAACAGUAAGGUGGCACAAGAUAAUAUGGAUCUGUUCAAGGAACAAUGGGAGAAACAGGUUAGAGUCCUCACUGAUGCUGUUGAUGACAUAACAUCCAUCGAUGACUUCCUAUGUGUCUCUGAGAACCACAUCCUGGAGGACGUGAACAAGUGUGUUAUUGCUCUACAAGAGAAAGAUGUUGAUGGUUUGGAUCGCACUGCUGGGGCUAUUCGAGGUCGUGCUGCCCGAGUGGUCCACGUGGUCACUUCUGAAAUGGACAACUAUGAACCCGGAAUCUACACAGAGAAGGUGUUGGAGGCCACAAAGCUCCUGACUGACACAGUGAUGCCACGGUUCGCUGAGCAAAUUGAGUCUGCAGUGGAGGCCUUGAGUGCAAACCCCUCACAGCCCGUUGAUGAGAAUGAGUUCAUUGAUGCCUCCCGUCUUGUAUAUGAUGGCAUUCGAGACAUUCGCAAGGCUGUCCUCAUGAUUAGGACCCCAGAAGAGUUGGACGACUCUGACUUUGAAACUGAAGACUUUGAUGUUCGCAGCAGGACCAGUGUGCAGACAGAAGAUGACCAGCUGAUUGCUGGCCAGAGUGCAAGGGCUAUCAUGGCUCAGUUGCCACAGGAACAGAAAGCAAAGAUAGCAGAACAAGUCGCCAGCUUCCAGGAGGAGAAGAGCAAGCUGGAUGCCGAGGUAUCCAAGUGGGAUGACAGCGGCAAUGAUAUCAUUGUUUUGGCCAAGCAGAUGUGCAUGAUCAUGAUGGAGAUGACAGACUUCACCAGGGGCAAAGGCCCAUUGAAGAAUACUUCUGAUGUCAUCAGUGCUGCCAAGAAAAUUGCAGAGGCAGGAUCAAGAAUGGACAAGUUGGGUCGCACCAUUGCCGACAAUUGUCCGGACUCAACCUGUAAGCAGGACCUGCUCGCUUACCUGCAGCGUAUCGCCUUGUACUGCCACCAGCUCAACAUCUGCAGUAAAGUCAAGGCCGAGGUUCAGAAUCUGGGAGGAGAGCUGGUUGUCUCAGGGUUGGACAGCGCCAUGUCCCUCAUUCAAGCCGCAAAGAAUCUGAUGAACACCGUGGUGUCCACCGUGAAGGCGUCGUACGUCGCCUCCACAAAGUACCAGAAGAACAAAGGUAUGGAGGCUCUCAAUAUGCCCGCCAUUUCCUGGAGGAUGAAGGCACCUGAGAAGAAACCUCUGGUGAAGCGAGAGAAGCAAGAUGAUGGCCAAACUAAUCGGGUCAAGAGAUCCUCUCACAAGAAGCACGUCAACCCCGUGCAGGCUCUGAGCGAGUUUAAAGCAAUGGAUAGCAUCUAGAGCCUCCCUCAUUUUUGUUUUUGAAUAGAGAUCAAGCUUGGCAUUUUAUUAAAGAGAGCUUUUAACCUUUUUUCAACCCAAUAUUGUAAUCAUUCUGUUGGUCCAUGUGUACGCGUCUGCCUCAUCUCAAUUCCAGAUGACUGCUGUAUACUGUGUUGCGUGGAAAAUAGUAAAGGAUCAAUUGGACAGAAGUGUUUUGUUUUGUAUUUUCCAAUUUAUUUUCUGUUCUGUAUGUAUGACCUAAUUCCACAAGGCAAUUCUCAUUUCGUUGUAUUAUUACCAUGCUGGGGUUCUCUGGUGUUUUUCAUUGUCUGUACCACAAAUAACUAUGCAAACUCCCAAUGGCCUUAUUUCAACUCGAGCAAUAAUGUUUGGAGCAUGUAGGGUGAAUGUGUGACUUGAAUGUGUCAUGGCCCAACUGUAACAAGCCAAAGUUUGUACUAUAAAUUUGUACCUGUUAACACCGGAUGACAGAUUUGUCAUCUCCAUGACACAUUUUUUCCUUUUUGUUUUCUCGCUGUUUUGUUCAGCAAUGCAGCCUUUUUACAUGGCCUUGUAACCAAGAGCAUUUAAGACCAACAGAUCUGCCCUUUCAGAGCAGCUCCGAGCAUUUGAGGCUUAUUGAUGAAGUCUUAUAAAACCCAGUCGGCCAAACAAUCAGUGAAAUUCGCCUGUUCUCUGCAAAGAACUGCCAAGCGUUAUUUUCUGUCAAUGAGACCAAGCUCCACAAUCUCCGAAUGGGUCCAAAUUGAGGUAUCAAUACUUUGCUCGACUCAGCCUGGGAGGAAGGCACGAAAAGAAAGAAGCGGGGUUCCUCCCUAAUGACUUGUUUUCUAUUCCUUGUUCUAAAUCUUGAAAGCUGGUCCAGAUUUAUGUGGUAAACUUAGCUUUUGGAAGCAUAAAAGCAACUCGUAAUGUGUUAAAGCUUUAAAAAUGGUCACGUUUUGAUGGCAUUGUGAGACUUUGAAGGGUUCAAAAAGUGUGGUUUAGUUUUCCGUUCAAAUUCGUUUUUGGCAUCAGUGAACUAAUCCUGCAUUUGUGCUCAAACACAUCACUGAGCAUGUUUUUUCCCACAUCACAAAGAUCCCAUCAUCUAACACCACCCUUCCCUCCUUGGAUUGCAUUUUGCUGUACGUAUCUGAUUUUGGAAUAGAUAUAAGUAAACUACUUUGCUGUGCAUUGCUUUUUCUUUUUUUUUUUAUAUAUAGCUGACCUGUUAGUAGACACUAUUUUGAAUUCAUGUGCCUGCUCUGUAUUUUCAUCAGCAACUGAAUAAAACCAUCCCCCCCAAAAAA